AUGGCGGGCGCCGACAGUGUCACCAUCACGGGCAGCGAGGCGGGCCUCAACCUCGGGACGCGCCUGCUGUCGGAUCUGGUCGGCUCCUCGGCCGGCGACGCGGAGACGCUGAGGCGCGGCAUACAGCAGUCGCUGGAGGUGCGCACCGAGGCCCUCCAGAAGCGCCUCGAGGCGCGCGGCGCCGCGGACUCCGACGCCGACGCCCCAGGCGGCGGCGCCGCCGACGGCGGCCUCCUCUCCCCCGGCCGCGGCGGCGUCGGCGCGCUGGCCGGCCGCGGGCUGACGGCGGCGCUGGGGCGCGGCGUGGGCGGGCGCGGGCUGAGCCCGCGGCGGGAGAAAGUGGAGCUCUUCAUACUGGACCCGCUUGUCGUCGCCGGCGGCACGACCGCGGCCGGUGCGGCCAGGAGGGACCCGAACAAUCCGCUCCUCAGCGUGACGGACAGCGUCCACGACGCGCAGGGCGAGUCAGCGGGCGUCGGCGCUGCUGCUGGAGCUAGCGCCGGCACGAGCAGCGCCGGCACGAGCGGCGGCGGCGCGGACGGCGGCGGCGGCGGCGACGGCUCGGCGGUGGUGAUGACGCCGCUGCAGCCGGAGUUUGUGACGUCAUCAUUGGACUCCGAUUCUGACUCCUCGGAUUCGGAUACUGAGGAGCGCAGCGUCGUCGUCGCCGGCGUUAGCGGCAACGGCAACGGCAACCACGCGUAUGCGCGCCGCGUGGCGACGGACGCGGGCGCGCCGCUGCGCAACGGCAGCAAGGGGAGCCUUUCGAGCAGUGACGGCGCGUGA